AGGAAGGAGGAUGAGGAAGUGGCUGCUGGAGCAGGACUGGAGAUGUAGCUUCCCACACCAAUGCACCAGCAUCUGUCAGGACUUUACUAGCUAGUAGGCUGCUAGAUAAUAGUAAUAUUUUUAAAAUGCGAUGGGUAACUGCUGGGCAUACUGUGCUGGGUUCUUCAGGAGAGAAGCUAACAGGAUCCAGAGAGGAGGCGGGUCCAAAUACUUCCGGAGCACCACCACAGGGGAACAUUAUACAAUAGAGUUUGAAAAUCUGGUAGAGAGUGAUGAGGCUGAGAGCCCACAGCCCUGCCCGAGGCCCAUCAAUGAAGAGGAGAUCAAGAACCUCAAGGAGCACCGCUACGCCGCGCUCCAAGAUCAACAGAUCCUGAUCGACCAGAAGCUGCAAGCGGAGUUAGAGGCACAAGAGGAGAAGUUGAGGCUAGAAGAGGAGGCUAGAAAUGCCGCCCAGCGCGAGGCCGCCAGGUUGGCGCGUGAACGAAAGUUGAAGGAGCAGCUGCCUGCCCAGAGGACACGGGGGAAAGCAGAUGGCUCCGGCGGAGAAACGCAACAAAGAAAGGCUCCUGGGGAUUUUGACGUCUACCUCCAUCAUGUGAAGGCCCAGUCGGACGCCUUCAGGAGCAACAGACUGCCGUCGGACACGAACGUAGUGACCCCCAACACUGAGUAUAGCUGGGACUUCACCACCAAGACGCGCUCCACCAACGACGACGGCACCUCGCUGGAUCUAGAGUGGGAAGACGAGGAAGGAAUCAAUCGUGCUCUUCCAGCCUGGGAGAGGUCCCGGACGGAGGAGGACAUCCUGCGCGCCGCCCUGAAGCCCGGGGGCAAGCAGGUGACCAGCGGGCCCACCUCUACCUCGGAGGACUCCAACGCACUGGAGUGGGAGAACGAUUUUGUGAGUACGCUCCCAGAGGACAGCUUAGACACUGAAUUCGAAGGGUUCGUCAAUCCCGUCCUAGACACUCCCACCGAGGACGCGUUGGACCGCGGCCUCAAGUUGGACCUCCAGGACAGAUAGUGUUCAGCACCAAAGGAGAUGUUUGUUCUGUCCUCUCUAUGUCCAAGCUCACCAGCGUCUGCCUCAUCGAAUGGAAACUCUUCAUAUUUCUGGACUCUGACGCUGCAGGAAUACGUCACGCUACUCACUACAGUUCGCUGUAGUGAUGUCUUUAUCAAAUACUCAUUUUUUCAGUGCCUUCAUUUGCCAUAUUAGCCGACCAUAUAUGCAUUGUAAAUUAAACAGAUCAGUUACCAUCCAUUACAAUUUGAGACAUUGUGUGAAAAAGAAAUUCUAGGCAACUGGCAGCUAACGUUAGCUUAAAGCUGCAUUCACAUGAUUCGUGGUAAAACGGCUUAGCGGUGCAAGCUAGCAGGGAGGUAUCAUAAGUAACUAAUCUAAACUCGCUGUUUUCACAGCAAGGCUCUGCGCCCGAACCUCGUGUUGAGCAAAGAGAAAAUUGUGUAUCAAGUGAAUGCAGCUCAACAGAAACCUUGAUCCUUAAACACAUAGUUAAUUAUACAGUUAAAAUAAAAAGAAACGACUUAUCUGAAAUCUCAAGUGCCACACAAAUUUACCUCAAGGCGGUUUAAAGUUAGAUUAUUUUAGCUACAGUGGGGUACAGUUUCGAUAAUCCAGCAUUGGAAAUGAUUUCAACCCGAGGAGUUUACGGCACACAACACAAGGUGAAAGUAGCAAGCAAAAACGUUUUAAUUGACGACAACAAAGAGAUGCACCAACGUUUUUUCAACGCGCUUUGAUAAAACAAACCCUGAUUAUUAUUUAAAAUGCACAUGACAGUGCCCAGGCAAUAAUACAGAAAAUACUCCAACAUACUCGAGGAAUAAAAAACGCUGUGUGUUUUAAUCACUGACGGAAACUACACAUUUCACUUGAUGUAAGUUAUUCCUGUUCUUUUUUAAAGCCCAGCAUGAGCAUGUCUCUGCAUUUGAACUAUCCUAACUGUUUAGUAGGGCUCUAACAAAACAUUGAUCUGGAUCAUUCAGUGUUUAAUGAUCUGUUAUCAUCCACGCAAAGUGAAAACAUUAAUACAUAUAAGACAAGCCCUUGUUUUUUUAAAUAAAUAAAAAAUCAGAUUUUCAUAAAAGAGCCCAUUCACACAAUUGUAAAUAGAAACUGACUGUGGUAAACAGGUAUAUGAUAUUGUCCCAUAUCGAAUGCAGACCCCUAAACUGAAUGGAAAAUUGUGAUAUCAGCAAAUAUGUUUUUAGGAAAAGUUUAUAUAUCUUACCAAUACAAAACAUGUUGUUUACGUCCCUACGAGCUAGCAGCAGCAGACUAUCCUGACUUUUGGUUUGUAAAAAAAACACACAAACAAAAAGCAUCAACAAACUACAGCAUCCUGUUGAUGAUGCAGUGUAAUAGCACAGCCACUGUUUCCACAUUUCAAGCCUGUACCCAAGAUUGUUUCUGCAGUCGCUCGGGGUGGUGUUUUGUUAUUAUCAUCACUAAAUUGUUGAUUUAUUGCACAACAUUUAUACUUUUUGUUUAAUUUGUUACUGUUUAAUUGAAGGUGGUAAGCCAGAGCAUGUCAUAAAGAAGCAGCCACUAAAAUAAGUCCUGGGGUUUGUGAUGUCACAAAGUCAGAGGAUUAUUGCCAAUAUGGGGCCCGUCAAAUGUAAGACUGCGUAACUGAUAACUGUAGAAGAUCAACAAAUAUGGUACGUAAUGUAUGAGACACCCAUUCAAAUUCAAAGGCUUUCAUAUUUGAUUAAAUUUAGCAAUAUUCAGGUCAGCGUACACAAGAAUAAAGAAACACUCUCACUGUCCAUUUUCAGUCAAAAGCACAGUGGUUUUAUGUUUUUAAAUAUACAUAUUUCUUAUAACAUCUGCCAACAAAAAAACAUUUUAUACCAUUUUCUUUUAGUUAAAAGACAAUAGCACAGAACAGCGACAUCAUUGCCACAACACAUAAUAUAUUAUGGAUUAUUAAGGACAGUGUUUUUAUGCUUCUACAUAUAUGCAUAAAUUCCCUAUUUCAGAAAUAAAUAAAUAUCUAAACUGGCCUUUUUUACAUCUCAUCUUAAUUCCAGUAAUUCUCUUCAACUGUAUCUUUUUGUUAUUGUGGAUAAUUAUUCUGAUAUACAGAGGAAUAGCUGCAGAAUGUACAACACAUGUGGAACAAAUGUACCAGCUUAGAACAAUUGCUGUUGAUUUCUGAUUGGUUUCUGGCAUUAGUUGUUCAAAAUGUGUUCAAAUUAUUUAAUUUGAUAUGAAAUCAUUUAUCGUUUAUAAUUAAAGCAAUAUUUUGUGGAGAUAAUGUGAAAAGAUAGAGGUCAGGAAACAUUCAAAAUGUGACGUAAUAAUAAUAUGAAUAGAUAUAAUGCUGCUCUCCCGAGGAAUCUGCUGUAUACAUGAAUCUACUUCCUGUGCUUAGACCUUCGCAGACGUUUGUGCUUCACGUUGAUUAUUUAACCUGUUUGAAUCAAAGGUAGUUCACUGAUUGCACUCUGAUUUUUGAUUUUGGUGUUAUCUCUUAGAAAACUUUCACUGAAAUGAUUUGUAUUGUGUGUGUGUGUGAGGAGAAAACUGAUCCGAGGAAUGGGCACUGCUGUUUGAAGUGUGUAGACAAGACCAAGUUGAUUUUUAUUUUUUUUUAUUUGAGUGUGUCAUUUAAGAAAUGUUGAACACAUUGACUUUUGGUGUGAUAACAUUAUUUCUGAUUAAUCACUGUAACUUUUCUGUACGUUUACAUUCCUUGUCACACUGAGCCUGAAAUCAAAUAUAGAAAAAAUGCAUCUUGCAACACCUACAGUGUAAUGACCAAAUACAAUUUGAGAUGAAGCACAGCUAAUUCUAACUUUUAGCCAGUGUGAAAUAUCGCCUUAAAAAGGACAAAGUACAAAACUCAAGAGUGACAAACCAAAGUUAAAGGCGAUUUUAGAGAACUUCAAAAAGCAUCGCAAAAAUAUGUACAAGUUCAUCAGAAUACACAUUAAAUAAUCUACAAUACAUGUUAAAAAAAAUAUGGGGCUGUCUUUCAUUUAUAUUCCACUGUGUUACUUUGUGUUUUGUUUCAUCUCUGAACAUUUUCAAGGGUCCAAAUCCCUUUAAAGAAAUCUAUACUGAUGAAACACUGUAAGAUCAUGCACCAAAGCCUAUUUACUCUGUACAGCUUAUCAUGUUUUAUUAAAGUUGGUUAUAGUAUCUUUA